GGAGUUGGUGAAACUUGUGAACGGUUCCUUUGAAUUUACCAUCUGUUUCUUGGCAUAAUACUGACAAGGCCACCCAGUGCUGGGAAGAAGAAUGUGCAAAUAUUCUUCUGGAACAUGGUGCUGACCCAAAUGUCAUGGACAUCAGUGGCGACACUGCCCUCCGCUAUGCUGCCUUUGAUCAGAGUAUCUCCAUGGCAGCAAAGCUGCUUUCACACAGCUGCCAACAUUGAGGCCAAAAACAAGGACGGCCUUACACCGCUCUUGCUUACUGUCAGUGAAAACCAACAGCAAACGUUGGAAUUUCUAAUAAAGAAUGGCGCAGAUGUCCAUGUGACUGAUAAGAAGAAAAGAACAGCUCUCAUGCUUGCUCUAAUGUAUAAAUCAACAGCUACAGUGAAGCUUCUUCUUGAGCAAGGGGUUGAUGUCUACGCUGGGGAUAUCCACAGGACAGACUGCAGAAGACUAUGCUCUUCUCAGUGGUCUUCCUGCCAAUCACAAGCUGGUUUCUGAAUAUAAAGAAAGAAGGCUACUACGUGAAAGUCCUUCUCUAAAUGGCAACUCAGUGUGUGAGAGUUCUGAAGAAGACUCUUUAAGCAGGUUUUCCAACAAACCUGGUGCUGAUGAUCCAUGGCCUACAUCAGACAAAGUCCUUGAUUUUGAUGCCAAGAGUAUCUCUGAGAGUCUUCCAGAGAAGUAUGCUGAUCAUUUACCUGGAGCUGCAGGUCAAAUAGGUAAAGUAGAGUAA